ACAUGGUGUAUCGUGAAAGAAAACAACCUAGAGAUGAGACCGCUAACAGACGAAGAGACGAAAAUCUUUUUCGAAAAACUUUCAAAAUACAUUGGUGAAAAUAUUAAGCUGUUACUAGAUCGUCCCGAUGGGUCUUAUUGUUUUAGGUUACACAGAGACAGGGUUUUCUAUGUCAGAGAAGACAUGAUGAAACAUGCUGGGAAUGUUUCAAGGAAAAACCUCAUAAGUUUUGGAUCAUGCUUCGGACGAUUCUCCAAAGGUGGAAAAUUCAGAUUGCAUAUUACUGCUCUGGAUUUUCUUGCUCCCUAUGCUAAGUACAAGGUUUGGGUUAAGCCGAGUGCAGAGCAGCAGUUUGUCUAUGGCCAUCAUGUAAUGAAGUCAGGCCUCGGCAGAAUCACAGAAAACACACCACAGUACCAAGGUGUUGUUGUAUACAACAUGAAUGAUCUUCCAUUGGGCUUUGGAGUGGCAGCCAAGUCAACCCAGGAAUGUCGACACACAGAUCCCAUGACAUUAGUUGCAUUUCAUCAAGCAGAUGUUGGAGAAUUCAUUAGAAAUGAAGAUGCUUUAGUAUAACGUUACUUAAGGGAAGGGGGUUGGGUUAUAUUUACAUUUCACAGACAUUAUGCAUAUAUAGAUGUACACCAGACUGAUAAUAAUGUUUCACUUGUAAACAGAUUAAAAAUGUUUCUUAGUCGUUGCAUUAAAUACAUAACAUUUGUUGAUAUUCAAAUUCAUUUCACUGAAUGAUUUGAUGAAGUUGCCAUUAAAAGUUUUUCUGAAAUUUUAAUUGUUG